AAAAAAUUCAAGUGCAUUUAUUUGAAAUGAAAUAGGAACUACAUUUAGAGAUAAGAGCAAAAUCAAGUGAGAAAUCCUUCCAAGACAUACAAAAAAUUCAUUCCAAUCACAAAAAAUCAACCAAAAAGUGUUCUGAAAAAAAAUCACAAAAAAUCAACCAAGAAGUGUUCGGAAAAAAAGGGAGAGCAAAAAAAAAGGAAAAACUACCGCAACUCCCGGCAACACCGCAUUGAACGCUUCUCCGGGAGCGUGUAGCUCACUCGCUGCUGUGGCGGCCAGUAUCAGGGAUAUCAACGCUUUAAAAUCUAGGCGUCUACUGGAAUUUGCGUCUAAGUUUCAGCUCACAUUCCUCAUUUUAUCUUCUUUUCUUCUGUACUUCUUUCCAGUGGCGUGCUAAUACUGGCUCGGUCGAAAAAAUGGAGGCGAGGAGAAAUGACAGUCCGGUGUAUACGCGCCAUUGGAGAACCGAAUCUGAAGUGCUAAAUCCUCCGGGAGCUGCAGCAUCUGUCGCGCGUCCACACCAUGUUCGCUCUUCCUCCGUCUCCGGCGUGUCCAGCAUUAAGCGCACUCAGAAUGUCGCAGCCAAAGCCGCUGCUCAACGGCUUGCUCAAGUGAUGGCCUCCCAAGCUGCCACCGGCAAUGACGAUGAUGAGCAAGAAGACAGUGAUGAUCUCGGCUUCCGAUUCACUCCUCAGCCUCUAUCCAGAACUGCCUCCAGUCCCCCAAGCUGCCACCAGCAAUGACGAUGAUGAGCAAGAAGAUCGUGCUACUUGGGUCUAAGCCGCAGAAGGCUUCCCA